CACACCCUGGUUUUAUUCGCCCUCCAUAGUGCGCCUUCUGCUUUCGGGCGGCGGGGCGGUUUGCCCGCACUGCCCCGCCAUGCUAGGAGGGUUACGGAGGCGCUGGGAGGCCUACAAGUACCGCUUCGUGCCCUGGAUCGCGCUCAAUCUCCGCCACAAGCGCAGGACUCUCCGAUUUGUGCCAGAAGAAUCUAAAGACAAAAUUGUUUCUGAUGAAGAUGUCCUUCAAACAUUAUUGAAAACAUUUAGAUCUUUAUUUGUAAAUGACUUGAACAGACAAAUGUUCCUUUUGAAUGUAAUUCCAGAAAUUAAAUCAAAAUAUCCAGAAAUACAUUCAGUGCAAUCUAAAACAAUAUCCAAAGCAAUAUACAAUGAUCAAGAACGUCAGAGAGCCCUUAAUCCAGAAGAAGUUUUGUUCAGUACAUUAGGAUUCAGCAUUAUUCGACAACCCAGUUCACUGAAGUCAGCUGGAAUAGGAGUUUUUGUAGCAAAAGGGUUUGUUCCAGAAGGAACUGUCGUAUCAAUGUAUCCUGGCACGAUCUAUGAAAAUCACGAACCCAUAUUUUUUCAAUCCAUUGGCAAUCCAUUUAUAUUUAGGUGUAUUGAUGGUGUACUUAUUGAUGGAAAUAAUAGGGGAAUCUCAAAGGCUAUAUACAGGUCAUGCAGCAAAAGAGAUCAAAUUGGUCCUUUAAAAAUGUGUGAUGCCUUUUGGCUUACAACUGCUAUGCAAAAUCCGUUGGCUGUGGGACAAUAUGUUAAUAAUUGUUCAAUAGAAAAAGAAGCAAAUGUUUGCUAUCAGGAACUGAACAUACCUAAAUGUUUUCCUAUAGAAUUUAAACAGUAUCUUCCAAACAUAAAGUACGGCCAUGAAAUAGAAAGGUCCUUGAGAUGUGUGGUUUUGGUAGCCCUCCGAGACAUUGGCCCAGGAGAAGAACUUUUUUCAAACUAUUACACAGUUAUUUCUUGAUGGUCAACUAUGGACUUUUACAGUAUUUAAACCAAAUGUGGUAUCCUUUAACAAAGAAUGAUUGAAGAUACAUUUUGGUACAAAAGUUUUAUUGCGAGUUAUGCCUUCAACUAUAUAUUUACUAAGUCAAACUUGUUGUGUUUUUUAAAUAGCA